AUGUACACAAUUUAUGAAAUUGAAAAAUCAACCAAAAGGAGCAUGAAAGCGUCAUCUACUUCGGCAACAUUGGGGGUUGCAUUGAAUGCAUGUCUAUCAGAAAGUAUGCCCAUUACAGGGAUUGCUAAGAGAAGAUACUCUAAAAGAAAUGGAUUGAAUAGGGGCAAAAAUUUAGACCACUUGAGGAUUGGAUUUGAUGCUAUAAAGUCAGCGACAGAGAAUUUUGCUGAAAAAUAUAUCAUUGGGAAAGGCGGGUAUGGUAGGGUGUACAAAGCAGAACUUGAACAUUUUGAUAUCUAUGCAACAAAAGGCAAUAGGGAAUCAGAAAUGCCUAGGAGACGCAGCACUGUAGCUAUAAAAUAUAUUAUCGAUAGAGAAGACGCGCAAGGAGAACAAGGAUUCAUUGCAGAAAUUGAAACACUUAGUAGUUGUAAGCAUGCAAACAUAGUCUCACUUCUUGGUUUCUGUCAUGAACAUCCUCAUAUGAUCCUAAUCUAUGAGUUUGUUUCUAAUGGAAGCCUUGAUGAUUAUUUGGGAACAAAAGGAAAGAUGACUAAUCUUACUUGGGUGCAAUGA